GAAGUCUUUGGCGUAUCUCUCCCAAGGCAGCCCUCCCUUGAAUAUAGAUUGACAGCCACGCGCGCAACGUGACUUCGACGACUCUUUCUUUCAAUUUACUCAUGAACUAGCACCACGAUGGCUUUUAGGGUUCGGAGAGACUUGGACACUCUACGAGCUCUGCUGAAGGAGACCGACCCCUUGGUUGGGGUCGCACCCUCUGAUACAAGUCCUCGAGUCGAAGCAAACAUUCGCCAGUGUAUCCAGAUUGUGCGCGACCGGGGAUCCUUGCACACGGUUUUCGCCGGACAGCUCCCAUCCCCAGGUUCAUACGGGGACUUUGUCAGCCAAUAUCGUGUCAGGAACAGCCCAAUUAUCAACGUGUACGACGCUAUAUACUGCGUCAUCUUCCUGGGAAAGCUAUCCUACAAGCUCAAGCGCCCUGAGCUGUGUCAAUUCGACGCCGACCUCUUCCUCUCCGCGCUCGUCUGGAUCGAGUACCUCCUCCCGCUUAGAUAUGGACCCUGGCUUCAGAAUACCUCGCGAGAUGUGCGAGACUGGGUCCUCUUUGACUUGACGCGCGCGUGCAUGGCAUUCCUACAGGAGUUCCUGCUAAACACACGCUCAGACGUCCUCCUCCAGGUCCUCCACUCCGAGGACGAGCGCGCCACCGCCGUGCUCAUCGCCUUCUGGCUCGACUGGGCGCGCCUGCGUGACAUCGAUCGCACCAUGAGCGACGCCGACGAGAGCGAGACCAUCAUCCGCGGCCUGCUCCUCCUCGCCACGCACUACACCUCCGCGCGCAUCGACGGCGCCGCGCGCGACAAGGUCACCUUUGAGAUCCUCCGAGCAACACACGACCGCCCCCGCAGCUUUUUUCGCCGCUACGGCGUGCACCUGCAGCUCAUGCUGGCCGACUCGCGCCUGCGCGACGACCGGGUGUCGAUGGGCACCGUCCUGCGGGGGCUGCUCCAGCUCAGCCAUGCGCCCGCGCUCGCGGUCACGCACAUGCCCACCAAGCUCAUCCUGGAGCUGAUCGCCUGCGCGCGGUACUAUCAUCGUCCUGGGACGACGUCGCAGACAUGGGCGCUCUCGCUCGCGCUCCUGGCGGACGGCUGCACGUCGAGCCACAGAUGCAUGAUCUUCGCCCUCCAGCACAAUAUGCUCAUGUGUGCCGUCGACGCGCAAGCAGCACCCAAGGGCACUGACUUGCAGCACGAUGCGACGCGGCUGCUCGACGCGAUGUCCAGCGUCGCCCAGACGCGGUCUCCUCGCGCCAUCCUGGCCUUCCAUCGCGCGGAAGAUCUCGCUCGGUCCGCUGGCGUAAACUACGACAUAGCCUGCAAGGACCAGCGACUGAAGGCCAUCCUGCGACUCUUCGGAUACGAAUACGGCGUCCUGCAGGAGCUCGGUUCCGUAAGAGAACUUGUUACGAGGUGCUGCAAUGUAGAGUGUCCGUCCGCUGCGAUAGACCCGCCCGUCGCGCUACGAGCCUGCGCCUGUGGGGAGGCCUUGUACUGCUCAAGAACCUGCCAACGCGCCCACUGGACUACCGGUAAACACUGUGAGCUCUGUCCAGCCCGCUACCCCGAAAAGCACGGCCGCCUCACCACGAAGCUCGUUUGCCGCAUGGUCGCCGAGGCGAAAUAUAACUUGCGCCUCGCGUACGCCUUGCUUCCUGACCCAGCGUCGCGCCCUUUAGUCCACCUUGCUUUGGAGCUGCCCAAAAGCGGGAUUCCUACGUUCACCUUCCGGCGGGUACCUGAGGAUGAACAGCCCGAGGCCGGCCAUCCCCUCGGGGCCAUUGUUGACGUAAAUUUCGCAUUGGAUGGUCCCGAUUCGAAGCGAACGCGGCGCAUCUGGUUCAUUGCGAAGAGACGCGCCGGAGAUAUGAGGUUGUCGUUUAGGGUGCUUACGGAUGAGAUUCUGGAUUUCUAGGCAGAGAAGGAUCAUUGCGGCGGGAGGACUGCCGGAUGGCGCUAGGAGAAACGAUGAAUUCCAACUCGAUGCAUUUCCGUUAGGUCCAACGCAGUAAUGUACUUCGAGGACGCGCAGUGAUAGAUAGACAACCCUCAUCAUAAGCGAACCAUCUCAACCUCAAACUUAUUCCAAACCGCUUCACAUCGGACGCCCGCCGCAUUUUAAUUGAAAUCGCAAGAUUUAUCUGCAUCGCGUCCGAAAAGACGCUCCCUCUUGCUCAGGAACGGCAGCCGCGUAGGUAGCUCGUUGCUUUGUCCGCCCAUGACCCCCGUAUCGGCGAAUCCCUCCGUGAUCAGUCGAAAUGGCACCCUCACAUGUCCCGCGUACUCUUCGCGCACGAACUUGAUGCGUCGCACCCG